AUGGCUGACGCACACGGAGAGAAAGUCGAUUCAUCCAGGCGCGCGGCUUUGCAGACGCAGGCGCGACGCCGCGCGUCGUGCUUCGUGCAAAACUCGACGACGCUCGGGGAAGCCCACGCGGACAUCGCCAACGAUGCGAGAUAUCGAUCGCGCGGUGAACGUGAGAGCGUGGAUGAAGAGCGUGGUGAGGGAGUAAAUGCGUGCAAAACGAGCGGGAUAUUUGACUCCGCGCGAGAUAGGAGCUUCGCGUCCACUGUGCAAGGCCGCAAGAGCACCAAAUUCGAGAAAGGCGAGAGGGGCUGGCGCGGCGAGGCGCUCAAGCGGCGCGUUCGAGGGGCGCUCGAAAGCGGGCACGUCUCCAUGUGGAUGGCAAACAUCACGAUUUGGAGCCUUUUCGGGGAUGAUUUGCGCUUGUUCGCAACCGACGCAGACGCAGAUCUCGGGUUUUUGGUCCUGGUGUGGGUGUGCUUGGCGAGCUUCGCGAUUGAACUCGCGCUGAGCGUCUUCGCCCUGGAAAAAUAUGCGGGAGGAUUUUACUUUUGGCUCGAUUCUGUGGCGACGUUAAGUCUGCUCGCAGACAUUCCGGCUUUCAUGCGAGCGCUUGGUAUGGAUCCGUGUCAAGGUGUCGACUCUUAUGGGUCCACCUUUGAUGAAGCUACUCGAACGGCGGGCGCGGGUGGCGGCGAUAGUGGCGUCGCCGACGCCGGAUUUGCAAAAGCCGGUCGAGCUUCCCGCGCGGCAACUCGAGCUGGUCGCAUCGUUCGCAUCAUACGCCUGAUACGAUUGGUGAAGAUAUUUAAAACGUACGAAGUCAAUCGAGAGCGUAACGAACGUCGCGACAGUUUGAUCAAGCUCAAACGCGAUAGUCUGGUGAAGCAAAGUGUCGUCGGAGGGAUGGACGAGAACGCUGUAAAUGCGUAUGUAGAGGAAGACGAAGAUUCUUUGUUGGACUUUGAGCAGUCUGAGUCUCGUGUUGGGCAGAAGCUUGGCGAUUUGACGACGAAACGGGUCAUUAUCGGCGUUUUACUCAUGCUCUUCAUGCUCCCAGUGUUUGAUGUCCGCUUGUACGCAGCCGGCGAGCGACAGGAUUUCGCAGAGGGCGGACUCACUAUGGCGCAUGAAACCCUGAUCAAUAGCGUCGACGAAACGGAUGGAUUUUACCGGUCGCUAAAUCAAUACUACGCCGGCACUAAAGGAAUGUAUCGACUGGUGGUGAAUGGCACAGAUUACUCAAACAAUGGCAAUCUCUCAUUCGCACUCGACGGUUACGCGCAUAAGAAACUGCGUUGUACCGAAUUUGAAUUCUCCACGUUUUCUACACCAGAUGCAAACGUGCCUAGUGGUUUCAGUUUCGCGUUCUUCGAUCGACAGCGCGAGAGUCAAUUGCAGGCUUUGCUCAACAUCAUGCGAACAAUUUUUGUGUGCCUCAUUCUCACCAUCGGCGCCGUGCUGUUCAGCAAAGACACCAACGCUCUGGUCCUCCGACCACUAGACCGAAUGGUGAAUAAGAUUCAAGCGAUGAGUGAGAAUCCACUGACACAAUUUGAAAUCACCGGUGGCGAUGAAAAUAAUCAGAUGGAGACACGACUGCUAGAGAAUAGUAUCUGUCGCAUUUGCUCUCUCCUCGCCGUCGGAUUCGGUGACGCGGGCUCCGAAAUUAUCGCUGAAAACAUGAAGCGCGGCGGUGCGAUUGAUCCGAUGAUUCCUGGCAAAAAGAUGGUUGCUAUUUUCGGGUUUUGUGACAUCCGGCAAUUUACGGACACGACUGAGGUGUUACAGGAGGACAUCAUGGAGUUUGUGAACACGAUCGCCAAGAUUGUGCACGUGGAAGUACACGUGCACGGCGGGAGCGCGAAUAAGAAUAUUGGCGAUGCGUUUUUAUUGGUGUGGAAGUUUCCUAAAGAUAUUUCUGCGGAGGAUAUAUCGGAUAUAUCGAAUUGUGCGCAUAUAGACGAACACAAACGUCGAAAGAUUCAGAUGAUUGCCGACAACGCGCUCGCCUCAUUCGUCACAAUCAUCGGAGCGUUGCGGCGCAGCGCUCGGUUACAACGGUAUCGCGGGAAUGAGGCCCUGAACGAGCGAAUUAAGAACUUCGAGGUGAAGAUGGGUUUUGGUCUUCACGCGGGUUGGGCGAUCGAAGGCGCCAUUGGGAGCGAGCACAAGGUGGAUGCUUCGUACUUGUCUCCGAAUGUCAACAUCAGCGCUCGUCUCGAAGCAGCGACGAAGCAAUUCGGCGUUCCGCUUCUCUUUACCGGCCAAUUCGCAUCCUUGCUGUCAUCAAGUGUUCAACACGAAAGCAGGCAAAUCGAUUGCGUCACCGUAAAGGGAUCGCUGCAUCCAGUCGAGCUCUACACCUUUGACGUGCGUCCAGAAAAUAUCGCGGCGCCCGCCGCCGACGUGAAUUUACAUCGCACGUUUGAGGAAGAGACGCUGAGCUUCAUGGAAUACUCUGACGAGUUUAAGCAGCAUCCAGAUAUUUUAAAAAUGCGCGAGGGUAUUUCGGCGGACUUUUUGCAAGAUUUCAAGCGAGGUUUACGUCAUUACGUCGCCGGAGAAUGGUCUCAAGCGAAGGAAAUCUUGCACACGACGAGGACGUACGUCACCGCGCAAGGCGAGCGAGCGCUCGACGGCCCUAGCGAAAGUUUACUCGCGGUGAUGAAAAAGCACGACUUCAUCGCGCCCAAGACAUGGAAAGGCUAUCGCGAGCUCACCGAAAAGUAA